UCCCCGAUCUCCUGUCUUCUUUCUCUUUCUCUCCUUCUGUCUCCUUCUCUUUCUCUUGUUCGUUCUCUCACUCACUCUUCCAUUUUUUGCCACUGUGCCAGUUAAUUUAAAUGUAUCUGUUCAAGUGGAGAUAAUCCAUGCAAAUCAGAGUCACUGGCUCCCAGUGCUUGAUUCACAAAGAGAACUCCGCUUCAGGAGGUCACUCGUUCACAGCUGCUCCUCCCAUUAUAUUUUUCCCUUAUUGCAGAACUGCUGCAUGUAUACAGUGACUGAAAGGACUCAAUUUACUGCAACUGCUGCCUGGUUUUACUUACAACUUUCUGUAAAGGGAGACUUACCUUCUGUCUGUCUUGUUAAGGUGGCAAAAUGCAGCUCCUGAAACAUCUCCCCGCCUAGGCCAGAGGACUAUGGGGUUUCAUCUUGAGGUAUUUAUGGCACGAUGAUAAAUUUCAUCUUUCCCAGAAUGGUAUGAAGAUCAGUGAUGCAAACCACUGGCUUCGAUGAUGCUGGGCAUUUAUAACUGGAUUCAUUAAGGAAUACAAAGAAAAUACUUAAAGGGAUCAAUAAUGGUGUCUUCUGGUUGCAGAAUGCAAAGUUUUUGGUUUCUUCUCAUAAUUAGCUUCCUACAGUGUACAGAAGGUUUCAGCCGAGCAGCUUUGCCAUUUGGUUUAGUCAGGAGGGAACUGUCCUGUGAAGGCUACUCCAUAGACCUUCGGUGUCCAGGAAGUGAUGUCAUUAUGAUAGAAAGUGCUAAUUAUGGAAGGACAGAUGACAAGAUUUGCGAUGCUGACCCUUUCCAGAUGGAGAACACAGAAUGCUUCCUUCCAGAUGCCUACAAAAUUAUGACACAAAGGUGCAACAACCGAACACAGUGUAUAGUAGUUACUGGGUCAGAUGUCUUUCCUGAUCCCUGUCCUGGAACAUACAAAUAUCUUGAAGUCCAAUAUGAAUGUGUUCCUUACAUUUUUGUUUGCCCGGGGACGUUGAAAGCAAUUGUGGAUUCACCGUAUUUAUAUGAAGCUGAACAAAAGGCAGGUGCUUGGUGCAAAGAUCCUCUCCAGGCUGCAGAUAAAAUAUACUUCAUGCCAUGGACUCCAUAUCGCACUGAUACUUUGAUAGAAUAUGCUUCUUUAGAGGACUUCCAAAAUGGACGCCAACAGACAACAUAUAAACUUCCAAAUCGAGUGGAUGGUACUGGAUUUGUGGUAUAUGAUGGUGCUGUCUUUUUUAACAAAGAAAGAACCAGGAACAUAGUAAAGUUUGACUUGAGGACUAGAAUCAAGAGUGGAGAGGCCAUUAUCAAUUAUGCUAACUACCAUGACACUUCUCCAUACAGAUGGGGAGGAAAAACUGAUAUUGACUUGGCAGUUGACGAAAAUGGUUUAUGGGUAAUUUAUGCUACGGAACAGAACAAUGGAAUGAUAGUCAUUAGCCAACUGAAUCCAUAUACACUUCGUUUUGAAGCAACAUGGGAAACCACAUAUGACAAAAGGGCUGCAUCCAAUGCCUUUAUGAUCUGUGGAGUCCUCUAUGUAGUUCGAUCAGUAUAUCAAGACAACGAAAGUGAAACAGGCAAGAACACAAUUGAUUACAUUUACAACACCAGGUUAAGCAGAGGAGAAUAUGUAGAUGUUUCUUUCCCCAACCAGUACCAGUAUGUUGCUGCAGUGGAUUACAAUCCAAGAGAUAACCAACUUUAUGUGUGGAACAACAACUUCAUUCUACGAUAUUCUCUAGAGUUUGGCCCACCUGAUCCUGCUCAAGUGCCUACCACAGCAGUGACAAUAACUUCUUCAGCAGAGUUGUACAAAAGUACUGUAUCAACCACAAGCACCACUUCACAGAAAGGUCCCACAAGUACAACUUUAUCUGGGGGAACAAAGGAAGGAAGCAGAGGACCCAAGCCACCACCAGCAGUUUCCACAACCAAAAUUCCUCCUGUGACAAGUUUUUUCCCUUUGCCAGAGAGAUUCUGUGAGCCUGCUGAGGCCCGGGGGAUUAGCUGGCCUCAGACCCAAAGAGGAAUGAUGGUUGAACGCCCUUGUCCCAAAGGAACUCGAGGAACUGCCUCGUAUCUCUGCAUGGUUUCCACUGGAACAUGGAACCCUAAGGGCCCUGAUCUUAGCAACUGUACCUCACACUGGGUAAAUCAGCUGGCUCAGAAGAUCAGAAGUGGAGAAAAUGCUGCUAGUCUUGCCAAUGAGCUGGCUAAACACACCAAAGGACCAGUCUUUGCUGGCGAUGUAAGUUCAUCAGUGAGACUGAUGGAACAGUUGGUGGAUAUUCUUGAUGCUCAACUGCAAGAACUGAGGCCUAGUGAAAAGGACUCUGCUGGACGGAGUUAUAACAAGCUCCAAAAACGAGAGAAGACAUGCAGGGCUUACCUUAAGGCAAUUGUUGACACAGUGGACAACCUGCUCAGGCCUGAAGCUCUGGAAUCCUGGAAAGAUAUGAAUUCUUCGGAACAAGCGCACGCUGCAACAAUGUUACUUGAUACACUAGAAGAAGGGGCUUUUGUCUUGGCUGACAAUUUCGUAGACCCAACUAGAGUCUCAAUGCCCACAGAAAAUAUUGUUCUGGAAGUUGCCAUGCUCAGUACAGAAGGCCAGGUACAGGACUUGAAGUUUCCUCAGGGCAGUAAAGGAGGCAAUUCAAUCCAGCUCUCCUCAAGCACUAUAAAACAGAACAGCAGGAACGGGUUAGCAAAAUUGGUUUUCAUCAUUUACAAAAGCUUGGGACGGUUCCUCAGUACUGAAAAUGCUACCAUAAAGCUGGGCAGUGACUUUAUCAGUCGAAAUAGCACCAUUGCAGUGAACUCACACGUCAUUGCAGCCUCCAUCAACAAAGAGUCCAGUCGUGUGUACCUGACUCAUCCUGUGCAUUUUACCCUGGAACACAUUGAUCCUGACAAUUAUUUCAAUGCAAAUUGCUCCUUCUGGAAUUAUUCGGAGAGGACUAUGAUGGGAUAUUGGUCCACUCAGGGCUGCAAACUGGUUGACACAAAUAAAACUCAUACAACAUGUGCUUGCAGCCACCUAACCAACUUUGCAAUCCUUAUGGCUCAUCGGGAAGUUGUUUACAAAGAUGGAGUACAUGAGUUACUUCUCACAGUCAUCACCUGGGUGGGAAUUGUCAUCUCCCUUGUCUGCCUGGCCAUCUGCAUCUUCACAUUCUGUUUCUUCCGUGGCCUACAAAGUGACCGUAAUACCAUUCACAAGAACCUUUGCAUCAACCUAUUCAUUGCAGAGUUUAUUUUUCUAAUAGGCAUCGAUAAGACAGAAUACAAGAUUGCAUGUCCGAUAUUUGCAGGCCUCUUACACUUUUUCUUCCUGGCAGCAUUUGCCUGGAUGUGCCUAGAAGGAGUACAGCUCUAUCUCAUGUUAGUAGAAGUAUUUGAAAGUGAAUAUUCUAGGAAGAAGUACUAUUAUGUUGCUGGCUACCUCUUUCCUGCCACAGUAGUUGGUGUCUCAGCAGCUAUUGACUAUAAGAGCUAUGGAACAGAGAAAGCUUGCUGGCUCCAUAUAGAUAACUGUUUUAUCUGGAGUUUCAUUGGGCCAGUUACCUUCAUUAUUCUGCUGAAUCUUAUCUUCUUGGUGAUCACAUUGUGCAAAAUGGUGAAGCACUCAAACACUUUGAAACCAGACUCUAGCAGGUUGGAAAACAUUAAGUCCUGGGUCCUGGGUGCAUUUGCUCUCCUGUGUCUUCUUGGCCUAACAUGGUCAUUUGGCUUGCUGUUUAUCAAUGAGGGGACUGUUGUGAUGACAUAUCUCUUCACAGUAUUUAAUGCUUUCCAGGGAAUGUUUAUUUUCAUCUUUCAUUGUGCCCUUCAAAAGAAAGUACGUAAGGAAUAUGGCAAGUGCUUUCGGCAUUCCUACUGCUGUGGUGGACUGCCAACUGAGAGCCCCCACAGUUCAGUGAAGGCAUCAACAACAAGAACUAGUGCUCGCUAUUCCUCUGGCACUCAGAGCCGUAUAAGAAGGAUGUGGAACGACACUGUGAGAAAACAAUCGGAAUCUUCCUUUAUCUCAGGUGACAUCAACAGCACUUCAACACUUAAUCAAGGAAUGACUGGCAAUUACCUACUAACAAACCCUCUUCUUCGACCACAUGGCACUAACAACCCCUAUAACACAUUGCUCGCUGAAACAGUUGUAUGUAAUGCCCCUUCAGCUCCCGUGUUUAACUCACCAGGACAUUCACUGAACAAUGCCAGGGAUACAAGUGCCAUGGAUACUCUACCGCUAAAUGGUAAUUUCAACAACAGCUACUCACUGCGCAAUGGAGACUAUAAUGACAGUGUGCAAGUUGUAGACUGUGGACUAAGUCUGAAUGAUACUGCUUUUGAAAAAAUGAUCAUUUCAGAAUUAGUGCACAACAAUCUGCGGGGCAGCAGCAAGAACCACAACCUAGAGCGCACGCUACCAGCCAAAGUUGUGAUAGGCGGGAGCAGUAGUGAAGAUGAUGCCAUUGUGGCAGAUGCUUCAUCUUUGAUGCACAGUGACAACCCAGGACUGGAGCUUCACCAUAAGGAGCUUGAGGCACCACUUAUUCCUCAACGGACUCACUCCCUUCUGUACCAGCCACAGAAGAAAGUGAAGACCGAAGGAACUGACAGCUAUGUCUCACAGCUGACAGCUGAGGCUGAAGACCACCUACAGUCCCCCAACAGAGACUCUCUUUACACAAGCAUGCCCAAUCUUAGAGACUCUCCUUACCCAGAGAGCAGCCCUGAUGUUGAAGAAGAUCUCUCUCCCUCCAGGAGAAGUGAGAAUGAGGACAUUUACUACAAAAGCAUGCCAAAUCUUGGAGCUGGCCAUCAGCUUCAGAUGUACUAUCAAAUCAGCAGGGGUAAUAGCGAUGGCUAUAUAAUUCCCAUUAACAAGGAAGGAUGUAUUCCUGAAGGGGAUGUUAGAGAAGGACAAAUGCAACUAGUGACAAGCCUUUAAUAGUGUAGCAAAGAAAUAUUAAAGGCCAUAUACAAGUAUUAAAAAGACUUAAUUGGCCCCAUGCAGGCUCCCUCAUAUCUGCUCGAAGAGACAAUUCUGUUCACCCUGUGGUUCUCCGAUGUAGAGGGGAUGAUGGACCUUGCAGUUCUGUGAAUUUUUAUAAAACAAAAACUUUGUAUAUACACAGAGUAUACUAAAAUGAAUUAUUUGUUACAAAGAAAAGAGAUACCAACAAGGUAUUUUAAGAUUAUCUUCUGCUGCUGAAUUUAAGGAAAUUGUGAAACAAAGAAAAAACUUCCCAGCCAUUUUACUGCAGCAGUUUGUGAACUAAAUUUGUAAAUAUGGCUGCACCAUUUUUUUGUAGGCCUGCAUUGUAUUAUAUACAAGACGUAGGCUCUAAAAUCCUGUGGGACAAAUUUACUGUACCUUACUAUUCCUGACAAGACUUGCAAAAGCAGGAGAGAGAUUCUGCAUCAGUUUGCAGUUCACUGCAAAUCUUUUCCAUUAAGGCAAAGAUUGAAAACAUGUCUAACCACUAGCAAUCAAGCCACAGGCCUUAUUUCAUAUAUUUCCUCAACUGUACAAUGAACUGUUCUCAUGAAAAAUGGCUAAAGAAAUUAUAUUUUGUUCUAUUGCUAGGGUAAAAUAAAUACAUUUGUGUCCAACUGAAAUAUAAUUGUCAUUAAAAUAAUUUUAAAGAGUUUGAAGAAAAUAUUGUGAAAAGCUCUUGGUUGCACAUGUUAUAAGCUGUUUUUAUUACACUCUGUUCAUAGUACUAUAGUAUGUUUAAAAUGCAAGUUCUACCCAUUUUCACUUAUUUUUCACUGUAAACAGUGUUCUGCUUUUACAAGUUAGUUUUUAUUCUUACGUUUAAAUUUUUUAUUGCCAAAAGAACAUAACAUCGGGGCAGAAAUUUUUCUUAGAAGCCAAUUAUGCCAAGCCUUGCACAAAUUUGGUAAAAUCUAGCUAAGAUUGUAAAUCAGUUCCCUGUUCAUUCUUUAAUCAGGGUUGAGUUGGGAGGGGGAAAGGGGACACUGGACACUUCUCACAAACUUUCUGGUGAGCAAAGGUGCCUGUCCUUUUUAAAAAAUGAAAUAAAACAUGAAUAGUACUCUUCCAUAUUCCUUCUGCCUAUAUUUAGUAAUUAAUUUAUUUUAUGAUAAAGAUCUAAUGAAAUGUAAAUUGUUUCUGCAAAAUUCUGCUUUUUUUCAUCCCUUUGUGUAAACUGUUAAUAAUGAGCCCAUCACUAAUAUCCAAUGUAAAGUUUAACACCUGUUUGACAGUAAAUAAAUGUGAAUUUUUUCCAAAUAGGUAAAAUGUGCAUUAUUAUAUAUGAAGUGGAAUUGGCACUAAACUUCCUUUGACCCAAGUGUAUUUGUUUUGCUUAAAUUGCUCCCUUUGUAGUUCAUUAUUUAAAUUUUAAAAAUACAAUAGAAUCUGUAUGUCUGUUUCUACUGAAUAGAGGUCAUCAUUGCUGCUUAGCAUUCUAGUCACAAUCAUAUAUGAUCAAAAUCAGAUACAUGAGCUCCAUUAGGAAAUUGUAAUGUAAUCUCAUGCAUUUACAUAACAGAUUUUCUUUUUAAGUAGGAAUCUGUACUAAAAUUAAAAAUUGUGGUAAGCUCUACAGUCGUAUUUUGGGCAAUGGUAAUUAGAUGUUUUUAAAUAGUAAGGAAGGUGUAUUUUGGCAGUGA